CUGAAGGCAGCAUUGGGUUUGGGCAACACCUCAGACGCCUGCAAGAUGCUAAAACAAACUACGUUGUUUUGGCAUUUAUGUGAAGAACACAGGGCCUGAAAAACUGUGUAUAAUAUAUCCGACUCAUGAUGGGUGAAGAAGCUAAGAUGAGAACCAGAUGUCACCUUUUAGACCUGCCCUGGGAGGAUGUACUUGUUCCACACAUUUUAUGCUAUUUGCCGCUGCAACAUCUGGUCAGCCUGCAGAGGGUGAGCAAACAGUUCCACAGCCUCAUCCAGGUGUAUCUAGCCAACUGCAGGAAGUUCGAUCUGUCGACGAUUGGACCAUGCAUUCCCAAGGAAGCAUUUUGCUCCAUGUUAAAGGACAACAAAGUUCUCCAGAGCCUGUCACUUCAGAACUGUUCAGACUGGGUGACAGAUAAGGAGCUGCUGCCUGUUAUCGGCCAGAACCAGCAUCUGCAGAGAGUGGACAUGAGCGGGUGUGUUUGGCUCACCCGCCACUCCCUGGUGGCCGUGUCCUUGAGCUGCAUGCACCUCCAGCACCUCGGCCUGGCGCACUGCGAGUGGGUGGACAGCCUGUCCCUGCGCAGCCUGGCUGAUCACUGCGGGGGGCUGCAGUCGAUCGACCUCACUGCCUGCCGCCAGCUCAAGGACGACGCCAUCUGCUACCUGGCCAAGAAGUGUUUGAAGUUGAGGUCUCUGUCUUUGGCAGUCAAUGCCAACGUCACUGACGAGUCGGUGGAGGAGGUGGCCAAGAACUGCAGGGGCCUGGAGCAGCUGGACCUGACAGGUUGCCUGAGGGUCAGGAACCAGUCCAUCAGGACUCUUGCAGAGUACUGCCCAAAGCUGCAGUCCCUGAAGGUGAAUCAUUGCCACAAUGUGACAGAGUCCAGCCUUGAUCCUCUUCGAAAGCGCAAUGUUGUGAUAGAUGUUGAGCCGCCCUUACAGAGGGCUCUGGUACUUCUUCAGGAUGUCCUGGGGUUCGCUCCCUUUAUCAAUCUCCAGAUAUAACCAAAGGGCCAUCUAUCUGCCCAACACAGGUGUUUUUGUGACAGCAGUCACUCUCGGAUCACACACAAAUCACAUGGGCACAUGACUUGCUCUAAAUAUGUCAAGACAAUCCACGAGAACCUGGAUGUGUUGCACUUGAUUUUGUGUGGCUAAAUAAUGUGGAUAAAAAAUAUAAUGAAAUACAAUAAAAACCCAACAAACUCACUGGAAUGUGAUCAAGAUGUAUAUUUAAGUUUGAACUGAAAAUAAUGCCACAUUUGUAAAUGACUGAAGAAAGCCAUGUACUUUUAAGAAUUGCUGCCUCAUAUCCAAAAGAUGUCACUGCACUUUUCUCUUAAUCAUUCGUUGUUGUAAUAAUGUGGGUUUAUAGAAAAGCAAUUCUAACCAAAGUGUAUUGUUUUGUUGGUACCUUUGUGUAUAUGAUAUUGUAAAAAAAAAAAAAAAGCAGUAAUCUUAUGUUUCAUUUAGAAACAUUUAAAACACGUUUGAGUUUAAUUAAACAUUUCAUUUUGCAUGUAUGUGCCAACUUAAAGGAUCAGUUCAUCCAAUUCCCCACCAAACAUUUUCUCUUUUACCACUAGUUUUGUCUAGCCAUUGGUUUUAUUUGUGCUGGUUUUGUUAUCUCCACUACUGAGAUUUCUGCCUGUUGUCAGAAAACAAUAAAAAUGAAUGCAGUUUUGCUUACGGUGCUGACCAUGUGUCUUCCAGAAACAGUGUCCUGGCUCCUCAGGAUAAUCCACAGACCUCGUAAUUGUCAACAGUUUUUAACAGUUUCCUGAUGAAAACUGUUGCUUAGAACAGUUUUUUCAUUAAAACUAUCUGCAUGGCUAGAUGCUACUGGGGUAACUGGGAAAGUAUAUAUUUUUUGGUAUGGGUGAAGCAACCCUUUAAUCGGCAUUGUUAGCCUAGUACAUGUUUGAAAUAAGUAUAGGAAAUUAUUAUGACUGUUCCUUUAAGCCUUUGAAUUGAAUUUUGUAAAAAAACAAAAAAAAAAAAACUUGUGUUGAAAUGCUGUUUCCCUGUAACACAGUAUAUGAAUUAUAUAAGAUGCAUUAAAUUGUAAAAUACAACACCAUCAGAAA